AUGGAUCCUUCCAGUAGCAUCGAGAGUCAAAUGAUUCUUUCUCCCCUAUCCCUCUUCCUCUCCUCCUCUCCCCAUUCCACUCGUCGCAUAUGUCCCGCACUCAUAACUCACAGCCUCUACAAUGCGGUUCACGCUACCACAAUUCAACAGGAGUGCUUAGCAUUUAUCAUUAUGCAAAUGAACACUUCGCACUGUGUGGAUACCAGUGUUGCCAAAACUCCUAUUCAAUUUCACGGUGAACUCUUGUGUUUCCUUUUCAAAGAGAAGUUUGCUGUUAGUUUAAUCACCAUCAGUGCGAGAGGAAGCCAAUUAGAUGUGAAGGAAACCAAAUAA